AUGACUGAACUCAAGCAUCCAGUUAACACUGGUUUCUCCCAGAAACCAAGUAUCUUUGACGACCCUCACUAUCGUCCGUACUGGGCUCGCAGUCAAGUCCAAUACGCUCAGGACCUCCUUGACUAUUCACCUGAACCCAUCGAGUACGAACACGACGACAAAGACUACUGGGACAACCACUUUUUCUUCCCCGAAGACUGCUCGUGGUCCCCUCCCAAAGGUUGGGAUAUUGAUGACAACACCUCCGAAGAAGAUAUCGCCGCUGGAGAGUGCUACGAUUACCGUGACGCCACCAUGAUACCCGGUCUACCCGAUAUCAAAAUGCUCGACGCGGAGGCCCUCUCCGAUCUACUAGAGGACAACCUUUCACCGCCAGAAAUCACCUCCAUCUUCGUGUUUGCCACUAAUGGGGCCAUCUUCGCCUACUCCUCCCCUCUCCCAUCCAGGCAGCUACGUAACUUGAGCGCUACCUAUGGUGCUGCUUAUACAUGCUACGCAAAGAACGCUUCCAGCGGUAACCUCACCGGCGUAAACCCCGCAAGCCACCCUUCAUCAUAUGUCACAGCCCAAUCCGUAUCCCUUGGCGAUGUAGGCUCGAUUGUCUUCGAGCUCGACGACCUGGUCGCCGUCGUGACCAAAAUCGCAGACAAGGUCCUCCUUGCCGCUGUCGGUCCAUCAAAGCCGGCUGAUAUAGCUACUGAGAACCAUAACCCAAACAACCUCUCAACUUCUAAACCAGAUUCGCCAUCAUCCGGUCCAGACGCACAACCAGAGUCCUCACAGGCCCCGGCCUCAGGGAACACCAGUGAAUCCACAUCCAACCCUCAAACCCCAGCAAACGGCACCAUCGCCCCGCACAACACCAACCGCACAUCCACCCCAGUCAACACCAGCGGCUACAUGACAGAAGCGCAACUUGCAUCGCAGUACGAGGUCGACCGAAGCCGCGACCUCGAUCGCCUAGCAAGCCUCAACCUGUCAACACCGCCAUCUACCCUCCUCGCCCUGGAAUCCAAAUCCGCAGCCCUAGGCAGGUUCCUGUCCCAAAAGCUUGAAGACCUCGAGAGCCCGGAAGACUUCUAA